AUGGCAACAAGACAGGACCUCCUCUCCCUCCUCCUCCUCCUCCCCCUGCGGCCCUCCUCCCCGCCCCCUCCACCCGGUGCGGUCGACCCCAUAGAAGGGAUAAAGAAGAGGCGGGUCCGGAGUUUCUUCUGGAAACCCAUACCUGAAGACCAGGUGAAAGGGCGGACCAACCUGUGGACACAGCUUCCUGUGCGGCAGCAGCAGUACUACAUAGACGUCCAGACCAUCGAGGAGCUGUUCAGUCAGACGGACUGUCAAUCAUCUGGGGUUACCUCUGUGACUAGGGGGGGGAAGGCCCGAGGCUCCCUCAGAGAGACCAAAGAUGAGAUCAGUAUCCUGGACUGGAAGAGAGGGAUGAAUGUGGGAAUUUACCUCAAACAGUUCAAGAAGUCCAACCAGGACAUAAUAGAGGAUAUUCGCUAUGGCAACAGUCAGUCCUACGGGGCGGAGCUUCUUAAAGAGCUGCUCAAACUACUACCUGAGACCGAAGAGGUGAAGAAACUUAAAGCGUUCCGAGGCGACCCCUCUAAACUCUCAUUGGCCGAUUCCUUCAUGUUCCUGCUCACCCAAGUGCCCAGUUAUGAGGUACGUAUCAAGGCCAUGGUACUUAGAGAAGUGUCCCCAGCCUGUGAGAACAUGAGUCGCGACAUCGAUGUCCUACGAACCGCCACAAAAGAGCUCCUAGACUGUGAGGAACUUCAUGCCAUCCUACACCUGGUGCUGCAGGCCGGAAACAUCCUCAACGCUGGUGGUUAUGCUGGUAACGCUGUGGGUUUCAAGCUGUCCUCUCUCCUGUCUCUGGCUGAUACCAAGGCCAAUAAACCUGGCAUGAACCUGCUGCACUUUGUAGCUCUGGAAGCACAGAAGAAGGAUGAUAAACUUCUAGAGUUUCCUGGAAAACUUCAGCAUGUCCAGUAUGCAGCACGGAUAUCAGUGGAGAACGUGGAUGCAGAGUUCCAGUCGCUGUCGUCUCGCACACGCUCAGUGGAGGAGAGCAUCCAGGAAGAGACUGAGCUGCUGCUGCAGCUGGACCACUUCCUACAGAAUUCGACAGCAGCCCUGGCUGAGUUGCAAAGGGAGAGACAGGAGUUGAGGAACGAAGGGAACGUUCUGAUCGACUUCUUCUGUGAAGACAGAGUCUCCUUCAGGCUGGACGAGUGUUUCAAGGUGUUCCAAGACUUCUGCCUGAAAUUCCAGAAAGCAGUCAAGGACAACCUGGAGCGUGAGCUGAAGGAGGCGUCUCAUCGUCGGAUUCAGGAGCUCGAGGAGAAACGGCACUCGUGGGCGAGCGGAGAGGAGGUGGGCGGGGUCUUCGGAAUGCGCAGCAGCAGCGAGACGGACAUAGAGGUGGCCCUAUCCCAGGAGGAGGGGCUUAUCGAGCUUCUCAAGUCUCGCCCAUGCUCGCCGCACAGCCCCCAGAUUGCACUGGGGCGUUCCGGAAGCGUCCGCCGUUCUCGCGGCUCUGCCUCCGCCGCGGCUGACCGUCAACUGACUAGCCUGCUAACUCUGGGCAUCACCUCUGACCUUCAGGUCGUAGGGGGUCACCGAAUCCCGGGAGGGACCUGCGGGUCACACGCAACCUCAGAACCAGCACCCUCAGGUGGACUGGCCUGGUCCCCCUCCUCUAUACCCACCUCCUUAGGACCGAGGCAUCAACUUCAACCUGGCAUCAACUCAAAUCACAGCCCUCAGACAGCAACCAUUGACCACAAACCUAGCACAGACCUGAACCCGACCCCUGACCCUGACAACAACCAACCCAGUGGUCUGACCGUCAACCUUGAACGACACACUCUGGUUCCUAAGCUCCGAGCGUUCGACCUCGUCUCGACCCCUCACGGUCACGCCCAGGGAGAUGUCGUCACCCACACAGACCUGGAGACGGAGAUUCCCAGAGACUCUAUCCUCACGGAUACACAGGAGAAUUCUCAAGGGCGUUGUGAGGGGCGGGAACAGAGGGAGGAAGAGGUGGAUGAGAAGGGGAGGAUGGUGGCUGCAGGGAUAGUGAAUGAGGAGCCUGCUGUGGGUGACGCAGAGGAGGAGAGGGGAGAACAGGAGGAGGAGAAGAGGGGAGUGCAGGAGGAGGAGAAGAGGGGAGAGCAGGAGGAGGAGAGGGGAGAGCAGGAAGAGGAGGAGAAGAGGGGAGAGCAGGAGGAGGAGAAGAGGGGAGAGCAGGAGGAGGAGAGGGGGAGAGCAGGAAGAGGAGGAGAAGAGGGGAGAGCAGGAGGAGGAGGAGGAGGAGAAGAGGGGAGAGCAGGAGGAGGAGAGGGAGAGCAGGAAGAGGAGGAGAAGAGGGGAGAGCAGGAGGAGGAGGAGAAGAGGGGAGAGCAGGAGGAGGAGGGGGAGAGCAGGAGGAGGAGAAGGGUGUGUCUCGGACAGAGUCGUCGACGACAGAUUCUCGUACUGAUCCAUCUCCGUCCACAGCUAUUACAGACCUCUCCUCACACGCACAGAGCGGUGAAAACCCCACACACGCCGACGAGGCUGAGAGUCCAACACACCAGGUGUCCGCUUCUUCUAUGGGGGAGUCCCCAGCCAAUAGCACCUUCAGAAUCUCAACCCACCAAUGAGUACUCAGUGCCUGUUUCCAUCACUGACCAGUCAGUGCCUGUUUCCUCCGAUGAGUCAUCGGUCCCAGCAGUGUCUACCUCCACCAAUGGGCUGCCUGCGUCAGUCACCGCUGGCGCCUCUGAUAGGUCAGCCCAGGGUACGAAUCCCACGACCAGUCAGGUCUCUAAGCCUUCCAGACCCCCCUCUGCCAUCCCCACCACCACCGGUGGGCGAAAAGCUGUCAUCCGCACCCUCAACUCCUCCGAGAACCAGGACAUGAGGCGUGUGGUCCCUAUCUUCAAGGCCGGUCGACGUGGCUCGAUCCCAGGUAAACAGGUGGAGAAACCCCCUGGCCACCAGAGCUCUGGUCCACGGACCACCACCACCUCCUCCUCUCACCCAGCCAACCGCUCUCUGAGACGGGCAGAGAGGAGCUCCGCCACACCCCGUCGCAGUAGCCUCCAGGUCGACGACCCCAAGUCUGUGACCACCACGGGUGUCCACGGCAGUGCCCGAGACCAACCCCAACCUUCCACCCUCCAGAGGAAGCCGUCCUUCCGAAAGCCUCUCCGCCCCGUGGCCCCCAGACCGCCUCCAGAGGAAAAGAUGUGCCGUUCCACCCUCCGAGCCCUCGCCGCCGCAGGUGGGGCUGUUCCAACAGCGGGGGGUGGAGGAGGUAACAGCCUCAGUGCCCCCCCGACCCCCUCCCACCGUGGAGGUGUCUCCAACCCCACCCCCCUCCCUGGAUUUGCCCGAAAUACAGCCGCUUCCUCUUUCAGACGGACCACUCUCCCCCCCCCGGGGAGUACCCUCGCCCCCUCUAAAAACUCCCCCCGUUCCUCCCCUGUCCCCUCUCCCGGACCCUCACCCCUCAGCCGGGCGGGGUCGUUGAGACACCACAGGGUGGCCCCCGCGGCCCCCAGGCACAGACAACCCCAUCAGGAGAACACAAAGUAUCAAGGGACCCCUGCGCGCCCGAUCCCCAACCCCCAGGCCCCACACACCCUCCCUGACUCGCUGGCGCAGCCUAAAGGGCAUGCUGGGAAAAACAGCAGCAGUUUCUCUGAUAAGUCCACCCACCUCAGAGACUCCAGUAAAGCACUGAAACCCACCUGGAGAUAGAGGCCUAGUUCCAAUACCCACAACAUACUUCCUUUUCCCCGGCCUAGUUCCAAUACCCACAACAUACUUCCUUUUCCCCGGCCUAGUUCCAAUACCCACAACAUACUUCCUUUCCCCCGGCCUAGUUCCAAUACCCACAACAUACUUCCUUUUCCCCGGCCUAGUUCCAAUACCCACAACAUACUUCCUUUUCCCCGGCCUAGUUCCAAUACCCACAACAUACUUCCUUUUCCCCGGCCUAGUUCCAAUACCCACAACAUACUUCCUUUUCCCGGCCUAGUUCCAAUAACGACAACAUACUUCCUUUUCCCGGCCUAGUUCCAAUACCCACAACAUACUUCCUUUUCCCCGGCCUAGUUCCAAUACCCACAACAUACUUCCUUUUCCCCGGCCUAGUUCCAAUACCGACAACAUACUUCCUUUUCCCGGCCUAGUUCCAAUACCGACAACAUACUUCCUUUUCCCGGUCUAGUUCCAAUACCCACAACAUACUUCCUUUUCCCCGGCUUAGUUCCAAUACCCACAACAUACUUCCUUUUCCCCGGCUUAGUUCCAAUACCCACAACAUACUUCCUUUUCCCGGCCUAGUUCCAAUACCGACAACAUACUUCCUUUUCCGGCCUAGUUCCAAUACCCACAACAUACUUCCUUUUCCCGGCUUAGUUCCAAUACCCACAACAUACUUCCUUUUCCCGGCCUAGUUCCAAUACCGACAACAUACUUCCUUUUCCCGGCCUAGUUCCAAUACCGACAACAUACUUCCUUUUCCCGGCCUAGUUCCAAUACCGACAACAUACUUCCUUUUCCCGGCCUAGUUCCAAUACCGACAACAUA